CUUUUUUUCUUUUUUCUAAUUUUUCAAUUUCCUUAAUUUUUUUUUUUCCAUCACCAUGCCAACAAGAGAAGCACGUAAACUGAUUGCAGUGGACUUGGAUCAAACACUCUGCCAAACAUUGGAUAGCCUGGUUGAAUGGCACAAUGAUACCUAUUGUACUAAUUUUGGUGUCACAGAUUUUCAUACACUUGAUUAUUGGAAAGUAUGGGGUGGAACUAGAGAGGAAACCUAUAGAAAAAUAAGGGAAUUUUAUGAUUCCAGUUAUUUUGAUCGUAUUAAACCAGUCAAGGAUUUUGCCUUGGAAGCAUUAAAGAUGCUCAAAAAGAGACACUUUCAAUUGGUCAUUAUUACUUCAAGGCAACAAUUUAUCGCUGAAAAAACAAAAAAAUUCAUUGACCGGCACUACCCAGGCAUCUUUGAAAGUAUCUAUUUUUGUAAUCUUUACUUGACUGAAAGAGAAAAACUUGAAUAUAUUUCUAAAUCUAAAUCACUCAUCUGUCAAGAAAUUGGUGUUGAUGUCCUGAUUGAUGAUUCACUUGAACAUGCCCUGGACUGUACUCGUCUCAACAUGAAUAUCUUGCUCUAUGAUCGACAAGGGAAAUACACCUGGAACCAUCAUGAUUUGCCACCUCGCAUCAACCGAGUAUUCAAUUGGAAGCAGGUCAUGGCUCAAUUCCCAAAACCUUCAAGCCCACUAAAACAUUGCAUCUACUCAUUUGAUGACUACAAUAUUUACUUCAAUCAACAAUACCGCCACACUUAUUUCCAAUAUGAAACCAUUGAAGUAGAAGAAGAAUCUGAUGAUGAACCUCAUGGAGAUGAAAACGAAUUAAGCUAUCACUUUAUAAGAGAUAAUAGUGUUUAUGUUUAAGCCCUUUUUUAUCCUUUAUGCAAAAAAAAAGUCCAUAUGUAAAUAAACUGUAUACCU